AAAAAUCUUUAUCAAAACCUGUUCCAGGUUUAUGUAUAACUCUUCAGCAUACACGUAGUUUACACAUGAAAAUAUCACUCUAUAUCAAGACGUGUCAAGGAUAUAACACCAGAGUUGGGUAAAGCUAUCAACACAACACUCAGUGUAGAGAAAUUUUUUAGUUCCCUAAAUAACCAGAAAUAAGAAAAUCAAAAAGUUCGUACUUCCACGACAGAGCAGAUCCUACUUCUUCUAUUUUUACAAAAACUCUGCAAAUGAAUUGCCUUCAGAAUCUUCCAAGAUCCUUCAUUGGGUUGUCUUUACAAGGAGGAGAAUUAAAAUCCCAUGGAAAAAACCACCUUUCAGUUAUCAUUAAUGUAUGUAAGUUUGUAGAGAAUUCAAGUAAGCUUCGUCAAAGAAUCACGAUGAAGGCAAUUUCUGGGCCUGUAACGAAUACCGAAACGGAUGAUGCUGAAGUAGAUGAGGAAAAGUCUGAGAUAUAUAGUAAUAAUAUGACUGAAGCUAUGGGUGCUUCAUUGACGUAUAGACAUGAAUUGGGGAUGAAUUAUAAUUUCAUUCGACCGGAUUUGAUUGUCGGCUCUUGCCUACAGACCCCUGCAGAUGUUGACAAGCUUCGCAAAAUCGGAGUGAAGACUAUUUUUUGCGUACAGCAAAACUCGGAUCUAGAAUAUUUUUCUGUUGAUAUUACUGCAAUCCAAGAAUAUGCAAAUCAGUGCGAUGAUAUUCAGCAUGUGCGGGCUGAAAUACGGGACUUUGAUGCAUUUGAUUUGAGAAUGAGACUGCCAGCUGCGGUAAGCGUUUUAUAUAAGGCCAUAAAGUCCAAUGGAGGUGUGACUUAUAUACAUUGCACUGCUGGGCUUGGAAGAGCUCCUGCUGUUGCGUUGGCGUACAUGUACUGGGUUCAAGGUUACAAACUCAACGAGGCACACAGUUUGCUUCUGAGUAAGCGUACAUGCUGUCCAAAGCUGGAUGCCAUAAGGAGUGCGACUGCUGAUAUUCUUACAGGCCUGGAGAAGAAUUUGGUCAAAUUAACGUGGCCAGGUGGUAAUUGCUCCUCAGUGGCAAUAGCCGGACUCGACAUUGGAUGGGGACAGAGUAAACCUUUGACAUUUGACGACAAAGAAGGCUUGUGGGUUCUUGAGAGAGAGUUACCAGAAGGACACUAUGAGUACAAAUACGUUGUAGACGGUGAAUGGAAAUGCAACAACAGCGAGCUACUAACACAAAUGAACCAAGAUGGCCAUGUAAAUAAUUAUGUCCAAGUUUCUAGCAAAAAUGUCAAUAUUGAUAGCAAGGAGUUGAGGGAGCGUUUAAGUGCUGAGGAUGCUGAUCUUACUGCAGAGGAUCGGCUUGCAAUUAAAGAAUUUUUAGAAGCCUAAGCAACCCAUACAAGUAAACGCAAAAGGUGAUCAAAGAUAACAUGUAUACAUGUGAUGGAUAGAAGAUGUACCACAAAAUAAAACCAACAGAGGUCCAGCAAGUAGAAAGUCGAGCUGCAGCUGUUGAUUAGAGGCGAGUUAGGUCUGGCAUCUUCAAGGUGCCAUAUCAGGAAACGGGCAAGCUAUAUACUGAGGAGUUUGAUAGCCGUUCUUUAAAGGAACACUUAAUAAUGUCUACUAAAUGUCUUAGUAUCAUUAAGAACUCUAUUAAUCGCUGAUUCGAUUAUUGUCUGUACUAAUAUGUUAGACCUGGGACUUCGAAAUAAAAUUAAUAUAAAAAGAUGGUGGCCAUGUUGAACAGA